UUGUUCGAGGAUUCUAUCUUGUUUUGCUUCGUUUAGAGUUGAUGCGCAAUUGCAUGUGCACCUUUUUCGUUUAUUAUGGCGCCAUCUGUUGUGAUCGUGUUUAUGUUUAUAUUUGAAUUCUGUGCUAUUUGAAGUUGUUUUUGUGAAUUUUUUGUUUAUGAGAGAUGUGAUGGUGGAGGUGGACUGAAUUUUUUCUCUAAUUUUUAAUUUUAAUUUUUUAUGCCUUGUUUGCUGGCCAAUACCGGUGAUUAGGUAUGCAUGUGAAGUGUUUCCAUUUCAUCUUUUUGGGGGAAUGUUAUGUGUUUGUUGAAAAAUGCAGUCUAAAACAUUAGAGAGGUUCAGAGGAGAAAAAAAGAAGAAGAGAGUUUAUGGAAAUGAUUUUUGCCGCAUUAGCAUUAAAGUUUAAUGGCUGAUUGAGGCUAGAUUGCGAGAAUCAUCCGCCAUUGAUUUUUUGCGAUUCACCCGUGGCGUGGUAAACUUGACCACGUAAAUAUAUAGUGUUCUAAUUGGGGGUGAUUGAAAAAUGGCUAAUGGAGAAGUUAGAAAAGUCUCCCUACAUGAUAUACAUGUGGUUCAAAAUCUUAUCGAAAGAUGCCUUAAGCUUUAUAUGAGCCACAGGGAAGUUGUGCAUACACUGUACCACCAGGCAAAAAUCGAGCCUGGUUUUACUGAACUUGUGUGGCAAAAACUUGAAGCAGAAAAUCAGGAAUUUUUCAGGGCAUAUGAUAUGAAGCUGACUGUGAAGGAUCAAAUAUUGCGAUUCAAUGAAAUGCUUGAGAAACAGGUUGAGGUAAUGCAGCAGAUAACUCAGAACGGAUCUUCAUUGACUCCUCAAUCCAAUGGAUCGCAGACUCAGCAUUCAACACACAGCAACUCAGCUCACAGAGACCCACGACCUCAUAUGCCAUCUAUAACGUCGGAAAACAUGCACCAUACAAACGGAUCUUACUCACUUCAACAACUUAUGCAAGUUGCAGCCAAUAUGCCGAGGCAUGAUGGAAGGAUGGAUUUUCAUCCCCCACUGCCAAUGGUUCAGAACUCAAACGCAGGAGCAGCAAAGCAAGGAUUCAACGAGAGGAAAAUCAAAACUGAAGGUGUCCAUGCAGGAAAUUCUGCAUUAACGUUUAUUUCUAAAACUAACUAUGCCGAAUCACAUAAUGCAAUUAGAGAAACAUCUAUUGCUCCAUUUAAUGGCAGAGAAUCCUGCUCACAAUCAUUCAACGAGUCCGUGAUGGAGACGGAGAUGAACUCAUUCGGGGUAGAUAAGAUGACUCAAAACUUUAAUUUAACAGGCUUGACAGCUGAUUCUUAUAAUAGUACAGAUCUAUUGCAGAACUAUUCUAGAUCCCCAUACGUGGGAACUAACAGGAUCUUCUUGGAUCCUUAUAUCAGGGAAGAAGACCAAGACUAUACGAGGACAGAGACUAUGUCAGAGGACUCUACUUACAAAGGUUUUGGCACUGAUUGAGGAAAUUCUUACAAAUGAUGCAGGACGCGAGCAAAGAGCCCAAGGCCAACAUUGCAGAGAGAAAGAGUUAUGAUUGCAUAAUGGAGGACGUAUAUGUUUAUAUAAAUCUUUCAUUUCAAAAUAUUGGAUUCCCCAAUCUUGUUGGUAUUGUAUUAUGGCUAAUUUUUGUUAUUCAUAAAUAGAAAAUGCCCAAAAAAUGUAAACAAAAUAUGUUCUCUUUAUAGAACCUUUCACAAGUGUUGGAUCAUAAUCAUUUUUGGAUGUUACAUUAAAUUGGGUCA